AUGAAACCAGAGUUGAGGAAGCACGAAUUCAAAGGGAGCACCAGAACCAGUGUUGCCCAUAAAGAUUAUGUCCUUGAAUUUACGUGGGUGGGCAAUACUGCUAAACGACGUCGUUUGAGCUCGUUGUUAAAAUCAGGUGCGUUCGAUAUGUGUUUGUUGCAAGAAACAAAAAGAUCUAAUUUUGACGACUUUAUGAUUCAUAACUUGUGGGGUCAUAAAGAUGUCGAAUGGGUGGUGAAAGAAUCUAUUGGUUUAUCAGGUGGUUUAUUGUCUAUUUGGAAUAAGGAGUUAUUCUCAUUUCAGUAUAGCUUCACAUGCGAUGGUUUUUUAGGUAUGUGUGUUGAAUGGAAUUCUGGCUUGCUGUACAUUGUUAAUAUCUAUUCUCCAUGUAGUAUGUCAGGAAAGAGGAAGCUUUGGAAAGACUUGGUAGAUUUUAAAUUGAACAUUGCAAAGGGUGAUUGGUGUCUAGGAGGUGACUUUAACGCGAUCUUGAAAUUGGGAGAAAUAAAAGGCAAUAGUGGAGGAAGGAGCCCGGUGGAGAGGUAUGAAUUUGAUCAGUUUAUUAAUGUUAUGGAAGUGAUUGAUAUACCUGUUUUGGGAAAGAAAUUUUUCUGGUUGAGUUCGGAUGGCUCAGCUAUGAGUCGUUUGGACUGA